GUGGAAAGAUACUUCCUCCUCGCACAUCCUAUUUUUCCAUGUUCAUUACGGAUUCGCAUCAAUUCUUUAUUACAUUAGUAUUGUUAGGAGAAGUUGUUGGAUGUACUCUACCAAUCACAAAGUAGCUCAGAGAAAUGGAAAGAUUAGCCAAAAGGAAAGACAUGAUAACCAAACAACACGGUUCAUCGCGAAAUGGCUUGAGCAUCGACAGUCCAUCUCUGGAAAAUGGGAAAUCGAAACUCCAGGGCAGCAACAGAGAAGCGUUAGAGAGUAGGAUGACGAGAAGGAACCGCCAGAACAAGCAGGAGGAGUGGGAGAAGUUUGAAGGCUUGUUUCACAAAGAUUUACAUACAGACAGUAAAGUCCAGAAGGAUUUCUUGUUAGAAAUAGCGAAACUCCUUAACACCUACAUGACCGACCAGUUCAAAGGUAAGGUGAAGGUGGUCGAUUUCCACCACCCUCAUCAACUCCGGGAGAUGUUGAACGACUGCUUGACUGUGGACGCCGACCCUCGAGAUCUCCACCAAGUCCUUAGCGACUGCAAGGAAACACUGAAGUACUGCGUAAAAUCAGGUCAUCCCCAUUUCUUAAAUCAGCUAUCAACAGGACUAGAUGUGGUAGGCGUGGCUGGGGAGUGGCUUACAGCAGUUGUCAACACCAACAUGUUCACGUUUGAGGUUGGUCCUGUAUUUGUGCUGAUGGAGGAUAUCAUACUACAUAGGAUGCGGAGUUUUAUAGGCUGGAAGGAUGGAGGCGAUGGGAUCUUCACCCCUGGUGGCACGAUUUCCAACCUGUACGCUUUGAUGUUGGCGAGACACAGGAAAUUUCCAGAAAUGAAAGAGAAUGGAAUGUGUUCUGAGAAGAAGUUUGUUGUAUAUACCUCAGCACAGAGCCAUUUCUCGAUCAAGAAAGCAGCAAUCCUGCUUGGGAUUGGAACCAACAAUGUGUGCAGUAUUCCUUGUGAUGAAAGAGGGAAAUUGAGGACAAGUGACCUGGAUCGUGAAAUACAAAAUACCCUCUCAAGCGGUGGAAUUCCUCUGAUGGUGAACGCGACUUGUGGUACUACCGUGUUAGGGGCCUAUGAUCCCGUGGACAAAAUAGCAGAUAUUUGUCAAAAAUACGAUGUGUGGCUACAUGUUGAUGGUGCAUGGGGAGGGUCAGCGUUAUUAUCAAAGAAAUACAAGCACCUGUUACAUGGAGUUCAUAGGUGUGAUUCCAUGACGUGGAAUCCACACAAAUUGAUGGGAGUUCCUUUGCAAUGUUCCGCCAUUUUAGUCCGCAAUUCGGGUGAGCUUCAGAGUGCCAACGAGUUAUGUGCAGACUAUCUUUACCAAACAGACAAAUUCUAUGACGUAACCUACGAUACUGGGGACAGGUCCAUUCAGUGUGGACGACACAAUGAUGUCUUCAAGUUAUGGUUAAUGUGGAGAUCUAAAGGCGAUGCUGGCUUUGAAGAUUUUGUAAACAAGAAUUUUCAAUUAUCUCGGUAUCUUGAAAGAAAAGUGAAAGAACGAAAGCAUUUUACACCUGUUAUGAAUGAGGCUGAGGGUCCCAGUGUAUGUUUCUGGUAUGAACCUCCGCAGAUCUUUACGCCAAACCUCAGCUCAUCAGAAAGAAGGAGGCUUUUAAACAAAGUAGCUCCCAUUAUUAAAGAAUCAAUGACUUCAAAGGGAAGUAUGAUGCUAGCUUAUCAACCACUUGGCGACAUACCAAAUUUCUUCAGGAUUGCCAUAUCAAAUCCCAGACUGACGGAAGGAACGUUAGACUGGGUCUUAGAUGAAAUAGAACGAUUGUCACGUGAUAUAUUUAUUGAGGAAUGAUAGAAGUUACCGUCUAUGGAUGAAAUAGAACGAUUGUCACGUGAUAUAUUUAUUGAAAAAUGAUAGAAUUUACCGUCUAUGGAUGAGAUAGAACGAUUGUCACGUGAUAUAUUUAUUGAAUAAUGGUAGAAUUUACUGUGAUAGAAAAUGUUGAAUUUUUUUUUUUUCUAAUUGAGAUUGUAAAACACAAGUUUCUUUACCAAAAAGUAGUACAAUUAUUUUGAUUAUUUUAUAGUGGUCUACCUAAUAAUGAUGAUUGUGUAUGAAAAACAUUUGGCAGACAGUGUUCCAAACAUCUAUUAAUUAUAAUCGAAAAUCAGUUGACUCUUGGCAAAUUCUAAGCGCUCGAUCAUGAAUUUUUUAUUCCAAUUAAUUUGUUUUUAGAUUUUGUUUUUUGACGACUGUAUUUUUGAAAAAUAUCCCUGCCGUGACGUAUCUAUUCUAAAUGUUUUGUUUAUUGUAAUGGUGGCGGACAUGGAACUUAGCGAAAGGCAUUGGUCUAUAUCCAUACCCGGAAAAUAAGGAAUGUUCGCAUGGCCGGUUAGACGUACUUUUGAUCAGACAUAUAAACGAAGGAACAUCCAUCAAAAUGAAUCUUGAUACGAGCAAAGUCGUAUGUGAGUUAUGUAGAUAAAAACCGCUCUCAAGUGUCAUUGUUACUCUGUACGUGCAUAUGUUGUUUUCAAUUGGUGACAAUAGAUUUGUUUUUUAAUAAAAUGAAUUUAUUUCCUUGUU